AUGCAAAAAUGUAUAGAAAACAGUAACACCCUGACCAUGCCAGAGAUAAUAGCGCAAAGCUUCGUCUUUUUCGUCGCUGGAUUCGAGACCAGCUCCACUACCAUGACCUUUGCCCUGUUUGAAUUGGCGAGGAACCCCGACAUCCAGGACAAAGUAAGGGAAGAAAUCCGCACAGUCCUCGCGAAACACGACAACAAAAUCACUUACGAUUCGAUCAAUGAGUUAGUUUACAUGAGACAAGUCAUCGACGAGACCCUCAGGAUGUACGCUCCCAUCCCACUUUUGACAAGAGAAAGUGCCGAAGACUACAAAAUACCUGGUCAAGAUUUUAUCUUAGAAAAAGGCACCAUCGUCUUCAUACCUGCAACAGGUAUACACUACGACGAAGACCACUACGAGAAUCCCAAAGUUUUUGACCCCGACAGGUUCAGUGCGGAGAACAAGAAGGCCAGGCAUCCGUACGCCCAUCUGCCGUUUGGGGAAGGUCCCAGAGUAUGUAUUGGUGAAAGAUUUGGAAUUCUACAAACAAAAGUCGGACUAACAUCCACUUUGAAGGACUUUAAAGUUACCCUAAGCGAGAAAACCAAACUGCCUUUAAAAAUGAAUCCGCAUGAAAAGGUUACCUCGACGAUUGGAGGUAUUUGGUUGAAGUUCGAAAAAGGUUAA